UAACAUCUUAUUCGCAGCUGCAUCCACCACUGUCACUAUGAAGCCACUGAAGUGUAAACACUGCAAAGAAAAAUUCGAAGAUGACAAAUUUCUUGAAGAGCACAUGGCUAAUGUUCAUCCAGGAAAUUUCACAUGUCCGAUAUGCUCCAGGAAGUUCCAGUUUAAGGGGAAAUACUCGGAUCACAUGAAGAUACAUGCAAACAGCGAUAUGCGUUACGAGUGCACGCAAUGUCCUUGCUUCUUCAAGAAUCCCGGGCACCUCAAAAAUCACAUGAAGGAAGCACACGGGGAGGAAAAACAGAUCUUUCCCUGCACCAAUUGCAAGAAGAAGUUUGAGUCCAAAGCGGCUCUGAACCAGCACGUCCGGAACAUCCACAACGCGGUGUUCAUGCUGCACAAGUGUACGUUCUGUCCACGAGUGUACGGCUCCAAGAACUCACUGAAGUGGCACGUUCACAUCAACCACAACAAAGACUUCAAGCGAUCCAAGUGUCCGUACUGCCCGUCCGACUUCAAGUGGCCUCACCAUCUCAAGGUGCACAUCAAAAAGGCCCACAUACUGAAAGGUAACGCUCCCACAGACUUAAUACGUAAAGGGUUCACCACGAUAAGAAGGAAAACAAACGACUGCGUUGUUUGCAACAAGAACUUCGUGAAGAAGUUGGACCUUAUGCUGCAUUUAAAGAAGGUACAUAAACAGGAGCUAGACAUAUUCAAGUGUUGCAAGUGCGACGCAGUUUACAGUCUACGGAACUCGUUGAAGCUACAUCUAGAAGAGCAUAGAAGGAAGAACACAGGCACGGGUCACCAAUGUGAGCAAUGUCAUCCGGAUCCUAACCCUGUAGCUUAUGCCAUAGACAUGGAGGAAGAGGAUGAUGUGCAAGAUGGCCAAACUGAAAUAGAAAAAGAGAUUAUAGACUUUGAACUGACUUUAAUGGCUAAUGAAGAUUUGAGACGUAUGAUCAAACUUAGACUUAAAAAGGAAUUGUAUGAUAAAAAAAGAAGGGGUUAUAAAGCACCUCAUAAAUAUAAGGCAAUUGAGACUGCUAUAAAGAGAAAUGAAUCUGAUAUGGAGUAUGAAGUAGAGAUAGGUUGUUGUAUUAAAGAAGAUAGUUCAUUAAAUAAUGAAGUCGAUGUUUAUGAAAACGAUUUUUUGUCUAAAUUGUGUGAUGAAUGCAAUAAUGAAAUGAUACAUUGCAUUUGUUCAGAAUCAACGCUCAAUGAGAGUCAGUGUUCAACAAAUUCUAUGGAGAAAGAGGUGAAAAUAUGCUUACAAAGAGUUACAAUGAAUGAAAGCAACUCUCAGACUGCAAAAGAAAAAAUAUCAUCAGGUACAACAAUCAUAGAUUACAAGUGCAAUAUUUGCAGUUGCAAUUUUACUUUAGCCAGUUCACUUGAGGACCACAUGCGUUUGAGCCACGGCAAAGAAGUAGAUACACCAAAAAAUGCAAAUAAGAAAGGUCCAGAACAAGCUGACAGAGAGUCGGAAAAUAAACAACAGCCUAAAUCUAAAAGCUUAGAUAGUGUAAAGCAGAAAAAUGAUGUUACAGAAUCUGUUCAAACUUUGUCUAAACGGCAAGUCAAAUUGCCCAAAAGGUUUGAAGAUACCGAUCUAAAAGUUGAAAAAGGUGAGGCUGAGAAAAGAGGUACUAAUGAAAUGAACAACACAAAUGCAAAACUGGGCCAAAUUCGAACAGGUGAAAUGAAACUUAAUAAAGAUACACCUAAACGUCAACCUAAAGAAGUAAAAAGCGUAGAUAAUUUAGAAAAGACAAAAAACAGCACAGAAUCAGAGAACAAUGAAAAUAAACGUCGAAAGAAAGAUUCUGAUAAUGGAGUAUUGACUAAAGACACUAGCAAACUCGAAGCUACAACACAAAUUAAACAAAAAAUAUACCAGUGUAAAAUAUGCAAUGAUAGAUUCAUAACACCAAUAAAUUUGGGCAGGCACAUGAAGUUAAUUCACAGGAAGGCGCACCGAUGCAAUAAGUGCAGGAAAGGAUUUAGCUCAAAGAGUCAUUUCGACCACCAUAUGAGAAUCAAACACAAGGAAAAAUCCAAUUUAGACAAAAGGAAGCCACCAAGUCCAAAGAAAGGUGUGAAAUGUGUAAACCCGAAAACUUUUAAGAGUGCAGACAAAAUGUACGAGUGUGGAAAGUGCGAACUGUUUUUUAAUAGCAAGCUAGAACUGUUGAAGCAUAUAAGUGAUGUGCAUAUGGCAGCUAACGACCGGGAACGGUUCUGUUGUGACCAAUGCGGGGCCAAGUUCUCCAGUAAGCUGGAGAUCCGAGAACAUGUCAAGUUCUUCUGUGAACAUCGACAAGUGAUGUGAUGUUGUAUCGCGACUGGGAAACCUUUGCGUAAACGGCAAUCUGUCUUAAUGAUAGGUUCCUAGUAUACUGCGAUUCACGUGACCUGACCAAGCCUGCCUGCAAAGUGCCAUUUAUUCAUGUUGUCUGAAAAAAACAAGCCAAUUACAGCUAAGGUGCCUACGUAAAAUAGGUAAAUGUGUCAGGUUACUUGGAUAAUCUACCUUUAACAUGCCGUGUGUGUGU